CACAACGCCAAAAUCGCUUCACAGCCAGCCCAGCGCCGUUCGUUCCUGGGGGCUUGCUCUGUGUUGCUCAGAAGCUAACGUUAGCUAGCAAGCUGUCAAGCUGUCUAGUAGAGAGACUGGGACAGACGUUUCAGCUUCCCCCUGGCUUUGCCACUCAAAGUUCCGGCCCACAAAAUUCUAAGAAAAUCUGUGAGAAUAUACUAAAGAUCGCCAUCUGAGAUAAUGUAAUGCAUCACGGGCGUACGCAAAGAGGGACCUCCGCACUUACACCAUUUGUAUGCUAACUGGCUAGCUAGCAUAGCUAACCCGUCGCGACCCCUCUAGUUUCGUCGGUGUACCGUGUCUGGUGCGAACUUAGUCCAGUCAGUCCUUGUCACUGUCACAGCUUCCGUUGUUGUCAACUAGUAUUUUGGAUAUUUGGUCUUAAAAGGGACACAAUGGGUGCAUUUCUGGACAAACCAAAGAUGGAAAAAUACAAUUCCCACGGUGAGGGUAACGACCUGAGGUAUGGGCUAAGUAGCAUGCAGGGUUGGCGGGUCGAAAUGGAAGAUGCACACACAGCAGUAAUUGGUCUGCCUCAUGGUCUCGAUCCCUGGUCGUUCUUUGCCGUUUAUGAUGGCCAUGCUGGCUCUCAGGUAGCUAAAUAUUGCUGUGAGCACUUGCUGGAGCACAUCACCAGCAACUCAGACUUCCAGAGUGCUCUGCAGGAGGAUCCCUCUGUUGAUAGCGUGAAGAUUGGGAUCCGCACAGGAUUCCUGCAGAUUGAUGAACACAUGCGAACCAUCUCUGAGAAGAAACAUGGUGUGGACCGCAGUGGUUCCACCGCAGUGGGAGUGAUGAUUGCUCCGAGCCAUAUCUACUUUAUCAACUGUGGCGACUCACGUGGACUCCUCAGCCGGGGCGGAGCUGUGCACUUCUUCACACAGGAUCACAAACCCAGUAACCCUUUGGAGAAAGAAAGGAUCCAGAACGCCGGAGGCUCAGUCAUGAUCCAGCGAGUGAAUGGGUCCCUGGCUGUGUCUCGGGCUUUGGGAGACUUCGACUACAAGUGUGUACAUGGAAAAGGCCCGACAGAGCAACUUGUGUCUCCUGAGCCUGAAGUUUAUGCAAUAGAGAGAUGCGAGGGGGAAGAUGAAUUCAUUAUAUUAGCUUGUGAUGGCAUCUGGGAUGUCAUGGCCAAUGAGGAACUGUGUGACUUUGUCAGAUCAAGGCUAGAGGUGACAGAUGAUCUUGAAAGAGUCGCCAAUGAAAUUGUUGACACCUGCUUGUACAAGGGGAGUCGUGACAAUAUGAGUGUUGUAUUAAUCUGCUUUCCUGGCGCACCAAAGGUAUCUCCAGAAGCAGUGAAACGGGAGGCUGAGCUGGAUAAAUAUCUAGAGGGCAGAGUAGAAGAGAUCAUCAAAAAGCAGGGGGAUGAAGGUGUCCCGGAUUUGGUCCAUGUUAUGCGGACGUUAGCAUCUGAGAGCAUCCCUAACCUCCCUCCUGGAGGAGAGCUGGCAAGCAAACGGAGUGUUGUUGAAGCAGUGUACAACAAACUCAACCCCUACCGAAGCGAUGACACAGACUCUGCGUCCACAGACGACAUGUGGUAACACAACCUCCUACCACUAACACAGCAUAGAGUUUACAAACCACCAUCCUCUCAAGACCCACAGCAGCUCAGCUCAGCAGUCUGUCUCUCCGUCACUCUGAGCUUUCGGUUUCUAAGAAGGGAAUUUCAUGGGAGGAGGAAGAGGAGGAAGAAGAGGAAGAGGAUUUGCAUGCACACAAACCUGGAAUAGUGCAGCACCAAUCCACUCUGGAGUUCAGGAUCCCCACUGUCUUGCCUCCCCCUUUAUGUUCACCCACCCUAAUACUCUCCUCUAAAGUAAUCCGUAACAAUUGAGUCCCCAAGGUUUUCUUUCUUUUUUGUUAAAUAAUCAGCUUAAGUAGUGAGAUUUUUUUGCUGUAAUUAAUUUGAUUCACAUUUCCUUGUGUGUGUUUGUAUAUUUCUGUUUUUGUGAAGUGCAAUUGUCCUGUACAAACAGCCUGUAUGUAAUGCAGCUUGAUUUUAAGUUAAAAAAAAAAGAAAGAAAUGAAAAAGAGAACCUUUUAUGCACUAUCUGCCUUUUCCUGCUCUUCUGGAAUUGUAACAAAUGUCUAUUCAGUGAAUAUUACUGCUUGUCCUCACAAGACAUGGCACAAUGUCUGCGCUUUUACUUUCCUUUUUUCAGUUAGUCUUUGCUCCUUUAAAAAAAAAAAAAAAAAAAACACAAACAAAAAAAACGGGUAAAUUGUAUAGUUGACAGCACAGUAAGCUCUCUAUCGAACCAUUUAAAUCCUAAUUAUUUUCCCUGUGCUUUUUUAUUGUAUUUUAUUUUUGUAAGUGGUUUUCUGUACAUGCUCAAAUAUUAAUGGCAAAGUGUUUCUCGGUCAUUUUGGAAGUUUGACGUGAAUUAUUUUUAUUUCUUCUAAGGCAUCUGAUGAAAAUUGACCCCUGUUAACACAUUUGUCUGUGCGAAUAGAUACUUACAAGCGUGCGUGGGUGCUUGUGUGUAUGUAUGUACGCACGUGUGUCAGUGUAAAGGCAGAUCUGUAUGUGCAACUCUAAUUUAAAUUUGCUAUGGGGUUCAGACAACAGACCAAGCUGGAGUUAAAGGGAAUUGCUUUCCCACUGCUUACCCAUUGUCAGCCCUUUUUUUCAGCCAGUGUUCCAUAUCAUCCCAAUAUAGGCGUUCACUACUUCUUAUUCCUGAAAAACUUUGGAUAACAGAGUUUAAAUGCUGUUACACUAUUUGAACAACAUAAAGCUAUAUUUCAGAAUUAUACAUUAACCUGAGAUGACAUAAACAGUUCAAUUUACCCAUGGUGCAUUGCAUUAGUUUACACAUCUAGUGUGUCAUAUUUAAAUAUCUGUUUCUAAACAUGCAUUGUUACCAGUGCCCAUAGGAUGUGGGUGCCAUAUGAUUUAUAAUCUCUUGUUUCAGCUUUAUGACAGCCUAUGCCAAGUUUCUUUUUCAUGAGAUUCAGUGUUUGUAUGUGGUACAGAUAGAGUUUCAGCCUUUACCUUUUAACAUCUGAUCAUUUGACUGAUGUGAACAGUUUAAGCACUGACUAUUUUAGAGAAAAUCACCCACUACCAGUCUGAUGAUAGGACGAACUGUUGACUCUAAAACUUACACGGCUGUUUUUAUUCUUCACAUGGUCUUUAGUAAAACAUUCAAAACAAGAACAAAUCUGCUAACCGUAAUGAGUUUUCAUGGUUGUAUAGCACCUUUUUAUUCUCGUCGGGUUUGCUCUGCCUAAAACCCUCCCUCACGGCACCACAAGCUAGCACAAUACAGUUUGCUGCUAUAGUGUAUGAUCUGUGGGUUAAUUUCCCCUCUGAAAAGAUAGUAGCCCCUGACUAAAUCUGUAUAUAACACACACACACACACACACACACACAAACAAUAUAUUUCUUGAAAAGAAAUGGUUUUAUUUCAGAUUUAUUUUCUGCCUUUUUUUGUCUAAAAUUGCAUUGUUGGAAAUUUAUGUAUGUAUAUAUUUUGGAUUUAAACUUUCAAGGAAUAAAUCAUGCCGCUUGAGUUAGUUUUUUGCCAUGGACAAAAUAUGAUUCUGGUUUGUCUUGGGAUGGUUAGUUGAAUAUUUCUGUUUUGGUAAACAAGGGUUUCCCCUUGGGUUUCUAAUCACUUUGAUGAUCAGCAGUUUAAUUUACAUAAUACACAAUAAUGUGCUAAAUUUGUUGCUCUUUAUCAAAAUGACAAUCUAACUAUUUCAUUGCAUUUGGGUGCAGAAAAUUAUUAAAUCUUUAAUAAAAUGGACUAAUCCUAAAUUAGCUGCUUUCUAAUAUGCUUUAGUUACGAAAAGGCCAAAGACACUCACAUUUUGUAGUAGCAGGUCGAUAUCACAAGAAGUAACAACAUAAAGGAGAACUGGGCUGUAACCCUGUAAAAGAUCUUAAGAAUGUAAAGCUAUAAGAGAGUGAUGUUAACUUUAUUCAGAGAUUUCAUUUGCUGUUAACUUUUAAAGGUACUCUGGAGUUUUUGACCACUUGUGAUGGUGUACAGAAAUAUUGUGAUGAGCACUUCCUCGUUCUACCAGCAUGAGCAUAAGGGUGAACAUGACUGAAGGGGGCAGUAAUGUGUAUCAACAGAUGGUUGGUUGGUUGGUACCGAAGCAUAGUAGACUAUAAGACUGCAAGCUGAUGUAACAAGUGUAGGCUUCAAAAAUGAAGAAACCCAUUGAAAAUCUUUGACAUAUUUAAUAGCAUUAGUCAUGAUUGUUAGGCCUUAAAGACACGCGCUAUGCAUUUUGGUACGAAAUGUUGAAUGUAAAUCUAACUGUGUCUACGGUGGAAACUCCAUAGGGUACCUUUAAAUGUUCAGUCGCCCGAGAAAUGACAUGAAUUACAACUUAGUCAUAAUUCAGUAGAUUUCUUUGUGUUUGCAUGAAAAUGUGGUUUUACUGAAUAUUCCCUCAAAAAAGCAAAAACCUAAAAUGCAACAAAAAAAACUACUGUAAAAACAUUUUUCAAUUCACGUUUUUUGAAAUAACAGUAUUGUAUUUCUACCACAAUACUUAUACCUACUGUGCUCACAUGUAAAAUGUAAACUCUUCACGUCAGUUUAUUCACUAUGUUAGAGAAAAAGGCAUAUGUAUAAAGAUACUGUAUUGCUUAUAUUUGGUAAGUGAGUGCACUUAAUGUCUCUCAUAACAAAUAGUUUCAGCACCCAGCUGCAAAUCUGGUAGGUGCUGAAGACUCUUAAAGCAACAUUUCAUGCAAUUUUUAACAUACAAUAUUUGUUUGCAUCUCAAGGCCAUCAGCGCCCCCCGGACUGUCCUGCAUUGGCCCAGAGAUUUACAAUUCAGGAUGUGGCCCUUAAAUGAUGCGGGUUACCUACACAUUUGUACCAACCACAAAAGGAAAAAUGAGCUUUUUAGUAUUCAAAAUUGCUGUAGCUAAAAUGUAAGCAGAUAUUGGCAGCGGCCUUGCUGCGAUUUGUCACAUUUGUGAGUUUGUUUUAGUCAUGUACAAUUUCUAUCAUUGUAUCCCUGUUAGACCCUCAUGGCCAACAAAAAAAUGAACAAAAAAAAAGGUUUCCCAAGAGUCUAUUGUCCUUGUUUUAAUUUUUCACUAACUAAAAUACCUCAUUACAUGAAUAGGAAGUGUUUUUGUCUUAGGUUAGAUCCAAACUUGCUCCGGCCCCCCUCAAAACACCCUCAACUUCUUACCUGUGUUAUUUCACCAAUUUUUGUGUGAUGCUCAUUUAGCUCAAUCUAGAAUUGUAUGGAGGGUUCAGGGUUUUAGAAAGGUGAGUUGUUUGAGAAGUGACUAAAUGACAAAAGUCAUUUGCACUAAUCAUCUGUAUAAUCAGCGUGUUUUUAUUUUUUAUUUUAAGAAAUUGUUAUUGUAGAAAAAACAUUAUAAAGCUAUUUACAGAGUUACCUUUGGUUGCCUGGAAUGCAUCCUGUAUAUUCUUGUACGGAGCACUACUUGGCAGAUGUUGAAGAGAUUUAAAUGCUUGCGUCCUCUUGUACAUAUUCGUGUACCUUGGUUGAGGCGCUUACUGUGUGACCCUUCGCAGUGGUGGUUUAUUUGUCCCCUUACAGGGCGACCUGAGCCUCACUUUGCGGACAUUUUUCAGCUCAUAAAUAAGCUCACCGAUUUGCCUUACCCAAUCUCAUGUUUCCCCCCUAAAGUACUUGUUCAACAAAAUGCUAUGAGGAGUAAUAUGUUGUUCACAUUACACUCUUAUAGAUUCAAAACUGUCCCUAUCUUAGGGUACGUAAGCUAUCAACAAAAUGACUUUGUCCUGGUUGUUACAUGGUACAACUUUUUAACCAUCACUGGUUAAAACUUUUUAAACUACUCCCCCCCCCCCCCAUAUUACCUUAUUGAAUCUCGGUCUUGAAAGCUUAUUUAAUUUUUCACUGCAGAUGAUGUCAUACUUUUAACUAAUGCAAACGUUUUAACAUGGUAACCUCGUAAGCAUUCAAAAUGUGCAUACAUACAUUCAUGUCUGCUUUAUUUAUGAUUACAUUAAAGAAUAGCUUUAGAGUGCUGUAGAUAAGUAUUGUCAAUGUUGAUUCAAAUGCUUCUCAGAGGUCUCUGUGAGUGAUUUAAAAAAGUUCAAUAACUGUAUAUUUUGUAUUAAGUUCUAGCUCCAAACGAAUGGCAGAAAAAAAAUGUUUAAAAAAGCUUUGUUCCCUAAACUAAAUUGUACUAUUUGUGUUGUCGAUUGAACAAAUUGCAUUCCUUGCUUGUGAAUUGAUGCAUCUCUCUCCCUGCUCCUUACAUCUUCUCCCCUUCUUUCCCUUUCUUUCUUUUUUUAGCCUUUAAAGUUUGAAUAAAAUUUCUAGUUUGCAGAAUGUAUUACUAAAUAAAUGGGUUGUCAUCUUGUA